AUGAGUAAUAUAACAACAGACGAUAAAUCAGCAGCCUCUAAAGCUCAGUUUGCUUUUGGAGCAGAUACAUUUCGUAGAAUACAACCUCAAGAAUAUUUAAGAAAAUUUGUACAACAAAAUAUUAGACCUGAUGGCAGAUCUUUUAAUGCUUUUCCAGAUGGAUCUUCGAUGAUUCGUAUUGGUAAUACAACAGUAGUUUGUGGUAUAAAAGCUGAAGUAGCAGAACCUAAAUUUGAUACUCCUCGUGAAGGCUAUCUAGUUCCAAAUGUUGAACUUUCACCAGUUUGUUCACCAAAAUUUAAACCUGGACCACCAAGUGAACAAGCACAAGUACUUUGUGAAAGUUUAUACAGACUUGUAAAAGAGUCAUCAAUAUUAGAUUUGGAAUGUUUAUGUAUUGAAGAAAGUAAGGCAGUAUGGGUUUUGUAUGCAGAUCUUGUAUGCAUUAACUAUGAUGGAAAUAUUUUUGAUGCGUGUGUAAUAGCCUUUAUCACUGCAUUAAAUAAUUUAAAACUUCGAAAAGCAACUUAUGAAGAUGGAAUGGUUAAAGCUACAGAAGAACGUGAAACUAUGUUGAAUUUUGAAAGAUUACCUUAUUCUGCAACAUUUACAGAUCCAACUGAAAUAGAGGAAUCUAUAGCUGAUGAAAAAAUUACUAUUAUUUGUGAUGAAAAUGGUAAAUUUUGUAAUAUUCUGAAAAUUGGAGGAGCUUCUUGUACACAAGAAUUAUUAAAAAUAUGUAUACAAUUAGCUCGUACAAGAUAUUCUGAAAUAAAAUCAAUUAUUCAACUAAAAAAUUAA